UUUGAACCUUUUGCACUCUUCAUUCAUUCAUUCAUCAGCUCUCCGAUCGCCGUGUUGUGAAGCAUUUUGCGGGGUACGAUUUUGUGCGAGAAAAAUAUGUGUUGAAUUGGAUAAUUAUCAUUGGUGUUGAGAUAAGAUAUUGACUUUGAUGAAAAAGCCAUAAAACGAAGUUAUUUCGCGUUCCAGUGAGGUUUGUUUUGCCAUUAUGGAAGUGAAUUUAGACGACUACGUGAAAGAGUGGACCGAAUUGUCAAACGAGUACAAAAAUCUCGAGACAACCAACUCAACCUAUUUGGAAUUAUUGGAAAACUUAGAACAGUUGCAGGAGCAAUGUACAAAACAAAUCAAGCAUCAACGCUAUCGGAUGCAGCAAAUUUCCAAAAACAUAAAGCUAUGUACAAAGAACAAGCGACUCACUCCAGAGGAGAAAGAUACCUUGGAGGACCUGAACAAAAAUAUGCUGAAGCGCAAAGCUCAGUUACAUGAAAUCGAACAAGGUUUGCCGCAAAAAAAUAGUCUUUAUUUGAAAAUCAUUCUUGGAGACGUCAAUGUUUCUAUCUUGAAUAGAAGCGAUAAGGUGCGUUACAAAGAUGAUUACGAAAAAUUCAAACUGAUUUUGAACGUUAUCGGCUUAUUUUUAUCAUUCCUGAAUAUCGUUGUUAAUUAUAGGGCUCUGGAACUUGCAUUUAUCUUUCUUCUAGUGUGGUACUAUUGCACAUUAACGAUAAGGGAAUCCAUUUUGAAGGUCAACGGAUCGCGGAUCAAAGGAUGGUGGAGAGUGCAUCACUUUAUUUCUACGGUGUGUGCAGGAGUAUUAUUGGUUUGGCCGCAAGGUGAACCGUGGCAACUUUUCCGAACUCAGUUCAUGUACUUCAACGUAUAUAUCAGCUUGGUGCAGUACAUGCAGUUUGGCUAUCAAAAAGGAGUUCUGUACCGGUUGAAGGCUCUGGGCGAACGACAUGACAUGGACAUUACGAUCGAGGGUUUCCAUUCUUGGAUGUGGCGUGGUCUGAGCUUCCUGAUUCCGUUCCUGUUCAUUGGUUACAUGUUCCAAGCUUACAAUGCAUGGACAUUGUAUAAGCUUGCAGAACAUCCAGAUGCAACUUGGCAGAUUCCGGUCCUGAGCGUUUUAUUCUUGAUUUUAUUCAUUGGUAAUACUACAACAACAAUGCUUGUUGUCCCGCAGAAGCUAAGAGAUCGUAUAAAGGAAAAAUACAGAUUGAAGAGUUUAUCAUGGGCAUUGAAAGCACGCAACCAAAUUAAGGGCGAAAAAUCGAAGAUGGAGACGACUGGUUCUAACAACGAAUGUGAUAAAACCAAAUAAAUUAUAAAUCAUCUACUAUCCUUACAUGAAUGAUGUGGGUUAACAAUUCUACAUAUGGAUUUUUGACAUUUUAAAACAAAAAUGUAUAAUUACCUCAGGCUAAAAAGGUUUAUCUAUACAUGUAAAAAGUAUUGUUGACUAAAGGGUAGCUGAAUAAACUACAUGUGGGCAGCUA